UUUACCAUUUGCGACGUUACGGUCACACUUGCCCACAAAAUUCCGAGAGAUUCUUUUAGAUCCAAGUUUUUACUUCGCUUUUUGUUGGUUUUUCAACGCCCGGUAAACGCUUGAAGUUCGCCCAGGAUAUUGGAUAUCCGCCACACAGCUGACGCCGUCGACGCCGCAGGAGCAUAUAGUGAUAGCAGCCAAAUAAAAAACGCAAUUUAGCCAGAAUGUCUCUGAAUCCGCAGUACGAGGAUAUUGGCAAGGGAUUCGUCCAGCAAUAUUAUGCCAUUUUCGAUGACCCGGCGAAUCGGGCCAAUGUUGUUAAUUUCUACAGUGCGACAGACUCUUUCAUGACCUUCGAAGGCCAUCAGAUUCAAGGUGCACCCAAGAUCCUUGAGAAAGUACAGAGUCUGAGUUUCCAGAAGAUCACCCGUGUCAUAACCACAGUUGAUUCUCAGCCCACCUUUGAUGGCGGUGUUCUGAUUAACGUUCUUGGUCGACUACAGUGCGACGAAGACCCGCCGCAUGCGUUCUCCCAGGUAUUCGUACUGAAGGCCAAUGCUGGCACCUUCUUUGUGGCCCACGACAUCUUCCGGCUGAACAUCCACAACUCUGCAUAAAGAAUACUUUACGAAUUAACGAAAGAACUAAUAAACCUAGGCCUAGGAAUCGCCGAAACUAUGAUUUGCAGAUCACCAACACUCACAUUAAAAAAAAAAAAACAAACAAACAAAUAAAAACACACUAUACUUUAUCCAAAGAUGCGGCUGACUACACAUCAACUGGCUGCCCAGUGGAAACUCAAUAAAAAGUGGACAGCAUGUUCUCACGUUUAUCAACAAUAAAAAAAAAAUCAACAAAAAACACUAAAAAAAAAAAAUUACAAAAAAAAACACCAAACAAUAAAAAGAAAUUAUAAGCUAAACUACUAUUACGAUGUAAACAAAUGUGAGCUUUUGCGCUCGAAUUUACCUUUAAAAAAUUUUUUGUUCGCCUCGUCUGGCCCGGUACUCUAAAAAUUCUCGGGAUAUAAUUUAAAAUAAGUUAUAUUUUGUUUUGUAUUUUUCUAAUAACUAUAUUUCACUUUAUAUAUAUAUUUUUUUCGAAAGUUUCAAUAAAUUUUUGCUUGUUUUUCAUAAAAUUAUAAAAAAAAAUAACUUUAUAUAUAAAUAAAAAAAAAAAGGAAAACCCAAUGCCGAGUACCGGGUAAUAUUAUUUUCAAACUUUUUGAGAGAUGGAGAUUUAUCUUUUAUUGAGACAAAAAAACAAAAAAAAAUAAGAACACACUUAAAUAUAAAGAUUAACGUUAAACUGCUGUUGUAUGUAUGUAUGAUCAGUGAUAUUCCAGAGCUGGCAAAAAACAAAAAAAAAAAUAAAAUAAUAAGAAUUAAAUAUAUAUAUAUAUAUAUUAAUUUAGCAAACCCGGCAACUUAAAAACUAUUAAAUGCAUAAAAAAAAAUGAGUUCCAGAUGACGAAAUGAAUUUGGUUUUGCGCUGGAAAUAAUGUUCAUUUGUCGCGAAAUGUGAAAACGGCAUCGAAUCCAAAGAGCACCCCAUUGACAAUGGACAAGGAGGCCUUGAUGAGGGCCAGGUCGCGGGUCCUGGUCCGGAACGAGAACUCCCAGGCCUCGAUGAUGAACACACCGCUGGCCACGAAAAGAGUGCAGCCGAGGACGCUGAAGAAAAUGUCGAUGCGCUUGUGGAUGGGCGCUCGCAUCAAAACGCCUGAAAUAAGAUUUUUUUUAAAAUAGGAUUUUGAAAGAAUAUAUUUUUUUACUUUUUUUUUGUGUAACUUUUGAGAAAUGUAAAAGAUCAAAAAUGAAUUUUUUUGACGACAAUGUUUGAAAAACUAGAAAUUCUUUUUUUUGUGUUCAAAAAUAUGUAUUGAAAUGAAAUAAAUUUUUUUUAUGACAUUA